AUGGCAGGGAAGAUUUUGUGCUUAACCCUGGUGGUGGGAGUGGCGUGGGCUGCCACGUGGCAAGGGCGUCCGCCGCAAAAACCCAAGGAGUUCGCUAAUAAAGAAGGCUGCUACAUCGACGAGGUAAAAGACGUCAUCCCUUACGGCUCAGUGCUAACACCGAUCGGACACUGCUUCAGGAUCGAGUGUAACCAAGACUUAAUUCAUUACGCUUCAUGUGGCGUCGUGAAUACCGACGAUCCUAACUGCUACAUCACGGAAACCGAUCUCAGCCGCAGGUACCCUGACUGCUGCCCGACCAUCAAAUGCGACAUUGACAACAACCUGAUA